GAAAUUCUGAAUCAUCACAAUCUUUGAAUUCAAACUUCACUACCCACAUCUCCUCACCCCUUUCGGCUGCACUUACAAGCCCCUUCACAAUCGUUGGGAAAUGAACAAAGAUGGGGAAGGCACCGAUACUCGGGACCUGGCCCUCGACAUCAUGGCGAGAAGUGAUGAGCUGUUGCGGGAGAUGGAAAAGCUCCGGCAGAGAUAUCGAUCGAUUAAAGGCAACCACCUGAGCAUUCCUGGUCUGGCGGUCCUGAUGGAAGGAGUAAAACAGGAAGGUAAGGCUGCGCUACCGUUCGUGAACCAGAAUGCGAGCGGCUCAGCCACGCCAAUCGAGGAGUCGCUAGAAGCCCAUCCAGCAGGGUCUCGUCUGCGCUUCUCAAACCUGCCUGCUAUCGAGCGCAACUGGGAAAUUCUGAAGCACUGCCACAAUAUUGUCUCCGUUGAGCAGUCAAUACCUAAAAAUCCCAAGGUGGAAGUCAAGGAUGAUGGCGAACUCAUCGUUCACCGUGUCAAGACCGGUCGCGGUCGCGGCGCAGACAGGGACAUGAUCUUCGUUCAUGCAGUGGUCGAUGGAGGAGCCGAAUGGAUCCGCAUCAUCGGCAAGGAUGAGAAACGAGUACUCGUUGAGCUUGCUGCUGGCGGGUGGGAUUGGGAUUGGGACCACGAGGAAGGCGACACAGAUGAUGAAGAUGAUGCCGAACUCUUCGAAGAUGUACCCAUUCUUCGUACUGUGAAGGAACUCGCAGAUACUGCACGCAAAUAUUGGCAUGAUUACCACCGCCCAAGAAUACGAAUCUUGCUCAGCCGCAUACAGGAAGGCCAGAGUAAGGACAUGGAUAGAGUCCUUCAAAAGAUGCGCAGUGUAGGUGGUGGCGACAUCAAAGUCACGGUCGAAUGCGCGGACUCACCACUGGUAUCCAGUCAAACCCCACUGGAUCUGGAUACGGCGCUAUCUAAUCUUGUACCUGUUGAGGACAUGAGUCGUUUUGGUUCGACCGUCCUUCUAGAUACAAGCGUCCUGAUUGCUCUGAUAUCGGACAUCUCACACGCUACCGUGGAAGUGCAACCAUGGCAUAACCAGGACUGCAAAGCUCAAAUCCGCGAUGAAGCGAACGGUAUCAACUUCCUCACGGCACAAGCUUAUCCUGUCCUCAGGGGGAAACGACUGGUCUGCACGAAAUCAGCCAUGGAGCACUUUCAUGAGAUAUCGAAUACCAUUGCAAGUCCCACCGAGUUGGAAAGAGCGCGUGUCCUCUUCUCAGGCGGACGGGAAGACUUUCAUGGGUUCUCCAUUCAUCCCGUGCCAGAAGACCUCAUGCUGCCGGUGCAGGUGCUCCCCGAGCAAGGGAAUCUGCAUGCCAGGGAUCUCGUGCAGGCAGGCAGGCUUCCGGAGGUAGCAAUCAACGUCGAAAAACAGCUGUUAGGGGUGCCGGGAAAUAGAACUACACAUCUAUACGGCUGGUCCUCGGGAAUGACUGUUGUUACGGCAAAUAGGACGCUUGCAAAAAGGUUGGUGCGCAGGAUCGAGGGCAGCCUUGAGAAGGACUACGAAGGUGGGCCGAGGAUAUGUACAUUGCCCUUUAAUCGAGCUUUGGCGACUAAAGGCCCUAGGCGACUUGAUUGAGUUGCCAUGUACCUAGCAUAGACCACAAUAGCAAAAUUUUCGACUCUG